GUCGGCGGGGCGGCGCACGUGUUUGGGUCCGGGGUGGUCGCCGAGCGGUCCCGGCCAUGGGCCCUCCGCCCCGCCGCAGCCUGCGCCUCCUCGGCCGGGCCGCCCUCACCGGCGACGUCCAGGCCGUCCGGAGCCGGGGCCCCCGGACGCCCAGGCCACCGCCCGCGGGGCGAGAGCUGGCCCCAGCCCAGGAGGAUGCGGGCCACGAGGUUGCCAGGGGCGAGCACGAGGGGCGAGAGGCUGCCCUAGUCGAGGACGCGGGGCAACAGGUUGCCAGGGGCGAGGAGGCGGGGCAAGAGGUUGCCAGGCCCGAGGACGCCGGACGAGAGGUUGCCGGGCCCGAGGACGCGGGGCAAGAAGUUGUCCGGGCCGAGUUUGCGGGACAGGAGGUUGCCCUGACCGAGGAUGCCGGGCACGAGGUUGUCAGGCCCGAGGACGCCGGACAAGAGGAUGCCACACCAGAGAUUACCAGGCCUGAGGACGCGGGGCAAGAAAUUGUCCGGGCCGAAAUUGCGGGACAAGAGGUUGCCCUGACCGAGGAUGCCGGACACGAGGUUGUCAGGCCCAAAGACGCGGGGCAAGAAGUUGUCCGGGCCGAGAUUGUGGGACGAGAGGUUGCCGGGCCCGAGGACGCCGGACGAGAGGUUGCCGGGCCCGAGGACGCCGGACGAGAGGUUGCCGGGCCCGAGGACGCGGGACGAGAGGUUGCCGGGCCCGAGGAUGCCAGACGAGAGGUUGCCGGGCCCGAGGACGCGGAGCAAGAAGUUGUCCGGGCCGAGAUUGCGGGACAAGAGGUUGCCAGGCCCGAGGACGCCGGACGAGAGGUGGUCAGGCCCGAGGGCACGGGACAAGAGGUUGCCAGGCCCGAGGACGCCGGACGAGAGGUUGCCAGGCCCGAGGACGCCGGACGAGAGGUUGCCAGGCCCGAGGAUGCCGGACGAGAGGUUGCCAGGCCCGAGGACGCGGAGCAAGAAGUUGCCCGGGCCGAGAUUGCCGGACAAGAGGUUGUCAGGCCCAAAGACGCGGGACAAGAGGUUGCCAGGCCCCAGGACGCCGGACAAGAGGUUGCCAGGCCCGAGGAUGCCGGACGAGAGAUUGCCAGGCCCGAGGACGCGGGGCAAGAAGUUGUCCGGGCCGAGAUUGCGGAACAAGAGGUUGCCCUAACCGAGGAUGAUGGACACGAGGUUGUCAGGCCCGAGGACGCGGGACAAGAGGUUGCCAGGCCCGAGGACGCGGGACAAGAGGUUGCCAGGCCCGAGGAUGCCAGGCAAGAGAUUGCCAGGCCCGAGGACGCGGGGCAAGAAGUUGUCCGGACCGAGAUUGCGGGACAAGAGGUUGCCCUAACCGAGGAUGCCGGACACGAGGUUGUCAGGCCCGAGGAUGCGGGGCAAGAAGUCGUCCGGGCCGAGAUUGCGGGACAAGAGGUUGCCCUAGCCGAGGAAGCGGGGCCUGCGGUUGCCCGGGCCGAGGAUGCGGGACACGAGGUCGUCCGGGAUGAGGAUGCGGGACACGAGGUCGUCCGGGAUGAGGAUGCGGGACACGAGGUCGUCCGGGCCGAGGAUGCGGGGCACGAGGUCGUCCGGGCCGAGGAUGCGGGGCACGAGGUCGUCCGGGCCGAGGAUAUGCGGCACGAAGCUUCCGGAGUGAAGAACGCGGGGCAGAAAGAUGCAAGAUUUGAGGGUGCGGGGCCCGAGGUUGCCCGAGCCGAGGAUGCGGGGCACGAGGUUGCCGGAGUUAAGGAUGCAGAGCGUGAAGUUGCCAGAGUUAAGGAUGCGGGACACGAAGUUGCCAGACUUAAGAAUGCGGGGCACCAGGAUGCAAGACCUGAGGAUGCGGGGCACGAAGUUGCCAGAGUUAAGGAUGCGGGGCUCGAAGUUGCUAGAAUCAAGGAUGCAAGACCUGAGGAUGCGGGGCACGAAGUUGCUAGAAUCGAGGAAGCAAGACCUGAGGAUGUGGGGCCCGAGGUUGCCCGAGCCCAGGAUAAGGGGCGUGAAGUUACCAGAGUUAAGGAUGCGGGGCACAAGGAUGCAAGACCUGAGGAUGCGGGGCCCAAGGUUGCCAGAGUCAGAGAUGCAGGGCCCGAGGUUGCACGUGCCAAGGAUGUGGGGCACAGAGUUGCCAGAAUUAAGGAUGCGGGGCACGAAGCUGCCAGAGUGAAGAAUGCGGGGCACAAGGAUACGAGACCUGAGGACGCGAGGCCCGAGGUUGCCCGAGCCAAGGAUAAGGGGCACGAAGUUGCCAGAGUUAAGAAUGCGGGGCACACGGAUGCGAGACCUGAGGAUGCGGGGCCCGAGGUUGCCAGAGUAAAGGAUGCGGGGCAGGAGGACGCCGGGGUCGAGGAUGCGGAGCCCGAGGAUGCGAGAACUGGGGGCGAAAGCCAGGAGGCGGCGGGGCCCCGGAGGCCCGAGGCCGUGAGGCAGGGGCAGAGAAAGCGGCUCGGCCCCCCGGGCCCCGAGCCCCCCUCCACCAAGAAGCCCAAGAAGGAAGAGGCUCCGCCCAUCCCCAAAGGGAGGCCCAAAUCCGGCCGGGUGUGGAAGGACCGCAACAAGAAGAGGUUUUCCCAGAUGGUUCAGGACAAACCACUGCGCACCUCCUGGGAGCGAAAGAUGAAGGAGCGUCAGGAGCGGAAGCUGACCAAGGAUCUUGCCCGACAGCUGCAGGAUGGAAAGCAGAGGGAACGAGAGGAGAAGAAGCGACGCCGAGCGGAGAACCUGAAGCGAAGGCUGGAGAACGAGCGCAAGGCGGAGAUCGUGCAAGUGAUCCGGAACCCGGCCAAGCUGAAGCGGGCCAAGAAGAAGGACCUACGGCGCCUGGAGAAACGCGACACCCUGGCCCCGCUGCAGAAGCCGCCGCCCCAGCGCCCGGCGGCCAAGGACUCGGGGGCCACGGGGUGACGGACUCUCCCCUUCCUGCGGGAGAGGUCUCCGGGCCCGGCG